CCUCUCUUGUCUGAAUUAUCUACCGCCAGUCUUGUCUUCCCUAUCUCAUUCCCGUUCGCUUGACGACCCCGACAUACUACCUGGCAACCGUUGAGCGACAUCUAAUUACAUCCUCGUCUGUUUAUCUCUGUCUCUAUUCGAUACCAACAGCACAGUCGAUGCCCAAAGCCGCCCCUUCAUCCUCAACUCGACCAGCUCUCCGCAGAAACCAGGCUUGCCGCUCCUGUCGUAAGAGAAAGCUUAAAUGUGACGCUGCUCGUCCUCAUUGCGGCACAUGCGUCAAGCAAUGGCAGUCACUCGUGAGCGUCCCGGCGCCCGUGGGAUACGCACAUCCCAGCGAACCUCAAUGCUCGUACGAUCCUGUCGAAGGCUUGACACUGGCUCCCGACACAGAUCCCUUGGAAAGGAUCAGGCAGCUGGAAAACCAGAUUUCACAAUUGAAGACCAAACUAUACGAACAACAGACCGCCCCUCGUUCCAUUUCUCCCACCCAAUCGUCUCUGCUUAAUACCACUCCCACCGACAUACCGAGACCGCUUUCAAAUGGAGGCGGCAUUUCUUUACCUCACGCCUCCCUAAUGAACUUAAUUUCCACCGAUAGUCCUGAAUCUCGCUUCAGGAGUGAAAGCGGGAGCCCACAAUUACUCCCCGUCGCUUCAAAAUUACCUACAGAUCCAUUCAUGGAACUGUUGUUCACAGGCUGGAACCCUGAUCUCCCAGAUCCUGCGACCCUUAAUCACUACAUAGAUGUAUUUUUUCGGUGUGAUCCUUGUGGCGCACGGGUGUUACACCGUCCUUCAUUUCUGAAUUCGAUGCUCUUGUCGCCUCGGGACCCGGCGUUUCCUCAUUCUGCUAUCCUCCACGCAAUAUGCACUGUGGCGUCUCGCUGGUCUCCUCAAAAUGUAGUAAUUAUGCCAGAUGGCGUUCGCCGAGACUCAUUCGCAGAAUUCCAUGCUGGCAAGACCCGAUCGUACAUCGACAAAACAAUGGCGAGCGGCGAAGAUAUAUUCUCAGUCAUGCAAGCUUGCAUUUUACUAUCAUGGUACUUCUAUCAGGAAGGGCGAUGGGUAGAAGUGUGGAUAUUCGCCGGGUUUCAGACAAGAGUCGCUGUUCCAUUACGGUUGAACUAUCCUGGGACCUUCUCGACACAUGGAAAUAACUCCCCCGGUGCUUACCUUGCCCCGCCCAAAGAUCUUCGAGACUUGGAGUCUCGUCGCAGGACCUGGUGGAUGACAAUCAUGUUUGAUCGAAUAGCGUCCGUUGGCGGAUGGAUACACGCUGUCGACGAACGAGAUUUGGGCACGGAGUUGCCAUUGCGUAAUGAAGACUUCGAAUCCGAGGCCGCCAUCCCGAGCAACCCUCAGGAUCUAUCGACUCCAGACAUCUUCACACGACAUCCUCCGCAAUACACAGAUAGCUUCUUACUGCUGAUCAAGGCGGUGAUGCUAUUUGGCCGCGUCACUGAUUAUAAUGUACGGGGGAGUCUACGAGCGGCAACAGCCCCCAGCAAAAACCAAAACCCCUUCUUCCUUCCAGGGUUUGAAGCGCUUGACAAGCUUGUCUCCAGCGAGUUCCUAGAAAGCCUGCCACAUAUUUUUAAGAAUAAUUCCGGAGUGACCGACGCUCCCGAGGGCGGCUCACUGGACACUGAUCUGUAUAUGGUCCAUAUAAUCCCUCAUGCAGCUACGAUAACCCUCCACAAUCCCUAUAUGGACUUCAGCGACGGGCGAAGCGUCUCAACUGCGCGGUGUGUCAACUCGGCGCGACAGAUCUUAGGCGCAUACUAUAUGCUCUCUGCAACAUCCCUGGACAUCACAAGGCUGCACCCCUUUGUAACUAUAUGCUGGUACCUGGCAGCCGUCGUUCAGGUCCAACUAUGUAAAUAUUUCAUCGAGAUUGGAGAUACUCAAAGGGAAUCUAGUGUGUGGGGUGAAAUCAACGUGCUCAGAUUUGCGAUGCUUGCUUAUGGGCAGAGAUCUCCCAUAGGAACUCGACAAGAACGCCUGCUCCAAGGGCUUAUGAGAGAAAUAGUGCGAAUGACGGCGCAGAAGCAACCGCUGGAGGUUGGAGUCCCGUUGUACCCAUUCUCUUCUCAGACGUUGUGGCAGAAAGACGAAUCACGAACAGGAUCUGAGGAACGCUCGACUGUCGCUCCGUUGCCAGUCAGUCCCCAAUACGAGGGGAUUACCCCACCUCAGCUGCCACCGAGUCGUGGCUCUGGUUCUGGAUGGUCACCCAGUACAACAAGCGAUCACGAUGGUGCGCAUUGUUCUGUACCCACGAACCCUUCUUAUGUCGGUUAGACAACCAAUGUAUUAUAUACUUUUAUUACCCCGAGGUCCGUAUUCGCUUGUA